CCUCCAUCGCUGAACAACUCAGCGCCAUCUAGCGGCGAAUGUCGGCGCGGUUUGCUUUGACGGCGAAUCCAAGAUGGCGACCUCCGUGUCAACGUCUUUAGAAAUGCUACAUGAAGCGGCAAAACAUGAGUAAUUUCAGAUAUCAUGGACUCAAGAGAAAUAGUCCACUUUGCCCUACAGAUAGAGAAAUCCUCUAAAGACAGAAGCUAUGGAAACAUAUUGACCCUCCUUUCUGACCUUGAUAAGAUGAACAUCACCUCAGAGCAACUGGAGACCACAGACAUUGUUAAAGUUCUCUACAGGUUACUGAAAAGCUGCUCUGAUGGAAGCAUAAAGAAGACAGUUAAAGGCUUGUUAGCUAAAUGGAAGAGACAAUACAGCAAAGAUGGAAGACAUGAGAAGUAUAUAGAGGAGGAAAAUGCUCCUAAAGUGUCUUGUGGGGAUUUUUUAACAGAUAAAAUUGAAGAAAGACAAGUGUCCAAGCAAGAAGAAGCAAAAGAUGGCUGUCAGACUCUUCCUUUCCCAGCAGAAAGCCCUCCGUCAUCCUGUUUGUCUCCAACUUUAAGGUCUAAAUGUGUCCAGCUUCUCCUAGCUGCCAUCUCUAAAGAACAACCUACUCAUGAAAAAGCUGAACACCUUGCUGAAAAUGUGGAAAAACACAUCCACGAGCUCCACAAAUCCAGUGAAAUCAAAUACAAAGCCUGCAUAAGAAGCAAAGUAGCAAAUCUGAGGAAUCCUAAAAACAGCCAUCUACAAGAAGGAAUCAUGAAUGGCUCGCUCUCACCUGAGGCCUUCGCGAGGAUGACCGUGGAGGAAAUGGCGAACCAGGAGCUCCGGAAGCUGAGGGAGGAGUAUUCAUCGCGAGGUGUGAGCGAGAGGCAGCUUCCUCAGGGGAUCGAAGGGACAAAAACACAGAAGAUCAGAUGUAAAAGAUGCGGGGGGAUGGACUGCAAGGUGACGCAGGUGUCCAGGGGGGCUCUGUUCCUGCCUGCGUGGGUGAGGAGGGGUGGCCCUGACGAGGAUGCUAUGACUUUUGUGACCUGUAGUGGGUGUGGGCAGCAGUGGUACCACAGCAACUGGGUCUGCCUUUAAAUAUAGGCCAAUUAAUAAGUCUUAGAGAUGCCAUAAAAGGGUAAAAUUUGCCAAUUUAAUACUCUAAUAUUGCCUAAGUAGCUGAAACAGUUCAGCAAAAAUGCAUAAAGUCACUUCGGAAAGGAACACUCUCAUCAUAUAUUUAAACAUUUCAUUGCAGAGUGGAUUUACAGUUUUAAUUUGUAGGGUAGGCUCUGCUUAGAAGAUGCUCCCUGGGUUAGUCAAGUAGCAUACUUUGACUUUCCAGGGAGCCCAUAGCUAGAAACCUCCAUAUGGCUAGAUACAUUUAUGACCAUGUGCAUUGAAUACAAUAAAAUUACU